GGUACCAUUACCGAAAUCUGCAAUUCAAAGCUUCCUGUCUUUUUCAUCGAUUUCUCUCAAUAAUUCUGCAACUCAACAAAUUUCUCCUAUUUCCAACAUUAUAGUGUGUUAUUCAACAAACAAUCAUACAUCAAAAAAGGGCUUCAAUUUCAUUUCAUUUCUUCACCAUCAUCUUCAAUCUUCAUCUUCUUCAGAUGAAGAAUAAUUUUCCAGAAAAUUCCUAACAAUGGCUUCUCAGGCAGAGAAACCACAUCAACUCGAACAAACUGUGAAAGAAGCGAAAGAAAUUCACGAACAACAGGAAGAAGAAGAAGAUAGAGAAAUUAGGAGAGAGAAUGAAGAGAAGAAGAGUGAAGAAAUAGAUCCAGAGCUUUUUAGUUGCUUACUACAACCGAUUGUUGCUGAUUCUGAUCUCGAUUACAUUGGAAUUCGCCGUCUUCUCCUUCAUCGGAAGGCUCAAUCUGGUGUUCUUCGCAGAAUUGAUUGGAGAUGUAAUGGUAAAGGUUAUGUGGCGUAUCGUAAUUUUAUCGAUAGACCCCGAAAUUGGGAGAGCCUCCUUUUGCAAAGUCACACAAGUACUCCUAAUCAAAGUGGACGAUGGGCUGCAUCUCCAGGUCCACUAUCCCUUUUGUUCGAGGUAGACAGCUUGAGCUCCAGCAGGGACCUGCGAGGUAGCAGCCAAGCAAGAAAUAGUUUUGGCUCCAAUACAAGUGACAAUGACAAUCGCUUUGACCGCCCACGGAAAAAAGCUGAACCGGCUUAUUCUUUUGUUGGAAUGCAUUGUAUCUUUGAUCAGUGCAAAGUUGCAGUAACUGUAUUGAAGUUCGGGCACAUGAGUUCUGAUUUGCUUGCAUAUGGAGCAGCUGAUGGAUCUCUGACAGUAUGCAGUGUCUCAGACCCUCCUACAGUCACAAAGCAACUGAUAGGGCAUUCAAAAGAUGUCACAGAUUUUGACUUCACAGCGAACAACCAGUACAUUGCUUCAGCAUCACUUGAUAAAACUGUGAGAGUGUGGGACAUAUCUAAAGGUGUCUGCAUUCGGGUUAUUUAUGGAGUCUCAUUGCAAUGGUGUAUACGUUUUCACCCUAUAAACAAUAACUUUCUUUCAGUGGGGAAUGCUAAGAAGGAAAUCAAUGUCUAUAAUUUUAGUACUGGUCGAUUGAUUCAUAAGCAUGUUCUUGAUGAUGAGGUGACUGCAAUGGACCAUGAUCAUACUGGCCAACUGCUGUUUUGUGGUGAUGCUCAGGGAUGUAUAUAUACUGUAGGUAUGGACUCUCGCUAUGGAGCUUUAUCUCGUGUACAUCGAAAUCGGAAUGGAAGCAAACGCAAGUCCCCAGUCUCAGUAGUGCAGUAUCGAACGUUUUCUUUACUGGCACGUGGUCCAGUUUUGCUGACAUGCACUCAAGAUGGAAGUUUGGCGUUCUUCAGUGUUGCCUUGGAGGUGAAAGGAUAUUUGACACUGCGUUGCUCUCUCAAAUUGACCCCAAGAGUGCAUAGGAUCCGAGCUUCUUUCUGCCCUUUAUUAUCCCUUGAGAAGGGAGAGUUCAUAGUUGCUGGAAGUGAGGACUCAAAUGUGUACUUCUAUGACUUGACUCGGCCGAGGCAUACUUGUGUAAACAAGCUGCAGGGAACAAUAUUUAUUACAGGGUCAUAGUUCAGCAGUAAUAGGAAUCACAUGGAACAGUGGAGAGAACUUGCUGGCUUCAUCUGAUUCAGGUGGUACUGUUAUAGUAUGGAAGAGAGCAAAGACAAGUUAGCCCUCUAUUUGGUGGCCGACUCCAAAUAGUUUGAGGUACAUUCACCAUACGUACAUGAAUAUAGGGAAUCACCGCUGAUGCUGGAAUUGUGAAUCAGAGUUGCUUGAUCUGAACCCUACAUUGUCUUAUCACAGAAUCGAGCAAGAAAUUGCAGCUUUCUACAACCAGUUUUUGUGCAUCAUACCAAUUUUCAGUGUUUUACCUUCUUAUUUCAGAGCAUUAGAGCAUAUGCAUAUGGUAUUUGUAGAGCAUCACACUCAACUACCCAAGGCAAUGUAGUCGAUGCAAAUUGUACCUGCUUGUUAUGAAACUCACACACGAUUUCAUUAGAAAAAACUCGGAUCCUGUAUUGCUUCUUGAGUUUUCGGUGAUGGGGAGUAAUGUGUGAUUUUUUCCUAGCUUUGAAAUGGAGUUUAUUUUGUUUUCAAAAGGAUU